AUGGAUAAUGACUGUAAACAAUGGGCACAAGUGUUAUGGAAUUACCUUCGAUUGGGACAACCUCUUGUAAAGAGUGACGUAAUAAUAGGUCUGGGGUGUCAUGAUAUUCGAGUGGCUGAAAGAGCUGCACAUCUUUACCUUGAAAAUUGGGCUCCACAGAUACUAUUUACUGGCUACCUGGGAAACCAUACUGUAGGAGUAUGGCAUCAACCAGAGGCAGAUGUGUUUGCUGAUACUGCGAUUAAAUUGGGAGUGCCAGUUGACAAGAUCCUACUGGAAAAAAAGGCCACUAAUACAGGCGAGAAUAUAAGAUUUGCAUAUCAGACACUGAAAGAAAACAACAUCCCAGUGAAGAGGAUUAUUCUAGUUCAACAGCCUUUUAUGGAGCGUCGAGUUUAUGCUACCUACCUUCGACAGUGGCCAGAAGACAAAGAAAACGUUCAAGCUGUCGUCACUUCUCCGACAAUGGAACUUGAUGAAUACCCAAACAGCCAUGUGGGCAAUAUGGACAACUUAAUUGGGUAUAUGUUAGCUGUUUUGGAACGAAUUCGAGAUUACCCAAAGAGAGGUUUUCAAGUGGAGCAAGAAGUUUUUCCCGAGGUUUAUGAUGCCCAACGGAAGCUACUGCAAGCUGGUUACCGACCAAAAUAAACUGAAUGAGUUGCAGAAAAAAAUCUGUAUCACUUUAACCUUUUUAAUCAAAAGUACUUUGCAACUUUC